AUGUUACCAGGAAUUGGUUUAUUUGGUACAGGAAGUAUUGUUCGUAUGAUAGUACCAUUUUUACGAGAGAAAGGUUUUAAAAUAGAAGCUGUAUGGGGUCGGACACUUGCUGAAGCUGAACAAGUAGCUAAAGAUCUUGACAUUCCAUUCCAUACUAGUCGUAUUGAUGAUGUUUUACUUCGUAAAGAUGUAGAUCUUAUAUUUAUUAUGUGUUCACCAAGUUUGCAUGCACAGAUAGCAGUGAAAGCACUGGGAAUUGGUAAACAUGUAGUGUGUGAUAAACCUGCUGGAUUGAGCCAGAGUGAGGCAUUAAAAAUGGUUCGUGCUGCUCAGUAUUACCCUUCAUUAAUCAGCAUAGUAAACCAUAGUCUUAGGUUCCUUCCAGCGUUUGUAAAAAUGAAGGAUGCCCUGGAUGAUGGCUAUCUAGGUGGUCCUGUCACAGUUAUUGACAUUAGAGUUCAAAUGGGCAGUCUGCUACGCAAUGCAUAUGACUGGCUUUGCGAUGAUACAAUGGGUGGUGGUAUCCUAGCACUUGUUGGUAGUCAUGUCAUAGACUUGAUAUUUCAUUUAUUAAAUCAAAAAGCAUCACGAGUUCAUGCUGUUGUUAAGACUUUCACACAAACUACGAGUAAUAUUAACGGUAUACGUCGUGUUACUUCGCCGGAUUUUUGUUCUUUUCAGAUCGAAUUAACAGGUGGUACAUUAGUAACAGCAACACUGAGCAAUCAUCUUCAGGGUCAAUUAACACAAGAGGUUUUAAUAUGUGGAGUAAAUGGUCAUUUACUUGUACGAGGUGGUGACCUUUAUGGUUGUCGUAAUGGCCAAGAAGAAAUACUUUAUCGUGAUAUAGAAUGUUUACAAAAUUGUUAUCCAAAUGUAUCAGAUUCAAUACCACGGCCGUAUAUUAAAGGACUUAAAAAAAUGAUUGAAGCUCUACGUGAAGCUUUUCAACCAGUAGAAGAUAAAAGAGGAUGGAUUAAAGAACCAGUAUCUCAAGCUGCUACUUUUGAAGAUGGUCUGUAUAUUCAAGCUGUUAUUGACGCUCUGAGACAGAGUAAUAAACGUCGUGAAUGGACUAAAUAG